UGUGCUAAAAGCUUGAGCUGGUUGAAGAAGUUAGGGUUUCGGGUUCAAUGAAUUCAGAAGAAUUAGAGAAAGAAAUCGAAGAAAUGAAACUGAAUGAGAAAGAAAACGAGCAUGGUUCACAUACUCAGAGCCAAUUGCAGUUCACUUCCUUCACUGAACUUGUCAACGAUGCUAGCCUCCAUUUUCAGAUCACUCGCUUUCCCAAACAGAUAUUUGUGUGGAUUGGGUAUAACUCUGCGAAAUUGGGACUGGUUUAUGCUGCGGCUUCGACUCGGCCGAACAAUGUGGUUUCUGUAACUUCUAUACUUGGAGGGAAUUCGGAUAAUACAGGUUCUGGGAUUGCUCGGCGAUUAGUGUUGAAAACUGGUCUCAAUAUAAUUAUGGCUUGCAAUAUUCCGAAAAAUAGUCCCAUGGUUGAGAUAGAAGCUGAAAAAAUAUUGAUACGGAAACUAAUUAGUCUGGGAUAUACCAAGUCAAGAUUGGAAGGAACAUCUUUGUAGCAUGGGCAGAAGAGACUUUUUAUGCAUGCCAAACAUGCAUUAUCAUUUAUCCCAAUGUGACCUAUAAUUUAGAAGCCAUGCUAACUAUUGAAGACUUUUAGCCUUGUUAUUGUACACAACAGUUACAAACAUUCCUCCGACGCGUCGAUGCAAAUGAGAUCACCAUCGUUGUUCCAAAUGUUUAAGGAUCAUAGAAAAAAUAGAAAUUUUCUUGUAUGCUUGAUUUUUAUAAGUUCUUGCUUGCUUUUUGGAACCUUUUGCUGGUAAUGAUAUUGAUACUGCUUUCCUUGAAGGCUUGACCAGAAAAUUAUGCUUUUUUUAAACCUAUAACAGUCUUCUUUAAGGGAA